AUGCCUGGCGAACGCGAAACAGGCACCCUCAACCUUGACAGCCUUGAGCCCCAGCAGCUCGCACAGGUCAAGAAACAACUCGACGAAGAGCUCGAGCAUCUGACCUCGUCAUUUGCGCAACUCCACGGCGCCCAGAACAAGUUCAAGGACUGCCUUCAAUGCGUCAAUAGCCGGUCCUUGGCUUCGGACGCAGCCAGUAACUCAGUCCUCGUCCCACUUACAAACUCGCUAUAUGUCCGCGGCGAACUCACAAAUUCGAAUGCCGUGCUGGUGGAUGUAGGCACAGGAUUUCUGGUGGAAAAGAAAUUGAGCUCGGCGGAGAAGUUCUACGAGUCCAAAGUGCGAGAGAUGUCGAGCAAUCUCAAAGAUCUGGAGGCGAUUCUACAGCGAAAACAGGCCAAUGUGAGGGCCGUAGAGGAAGUUUUGAGGCAAAAACUCGUAUCAUCUCAGAGUGUCCCGUCCUAG